GGAGCCGAAACUUGGGGGAAACGGCUGAUCCCAAUUUUCUCAGUAUACCCACUGACACGACUUGAUUACAACUUCAGAAUGACAACGUUACUAACCUCGCGGUUUUUCAUAGAACUCGAAAACUCUAAUUUUACAUGUCGUAAUACUAUCGAGUGAUAUUCUAAAAUUUGGGUUGAAUAGUUGUUGGCAAUUUAGCUGCCGACUAGUUUCAAGCACAAGGAACAGUAGAAGAUAGUGCAAUCUCAAAGAAAUAUUGCUAAAGCUUUCGUUUCUUGAUGCGUCUGCGGCGGACAUUGCUACUGUCUGACAGACGAACCCUUUAGUUUUGUCAACAAGAUUGUCCACAAUGCAGCGAACGAGUUCCUUCAGUAUUGACUCUCUCAUAUCCGGCAAUCCCGGAUUUCGAGCCCCUGCUUUCCAGUUGCCCUUCUUUUACAAUGGCUAUGUCUUCGUCCCACAUUCGGGACUGUAUUCCAACCUCACAGGCCCGGGACCCCUCUGCCUGCCAGACCCGUUAAUUGGGGGUCCCCGAAUACCCCAUCCGGACUUGCCAAUGGACUGUCGCGGCUCACCAGCAGGAUACACAGCAGCAGCAUCACCUUCUUCUACUGCAAGCAAUAGGUCUUCGCUUGGAGAUCCACAACAUAGUCCUACUGGACUCGGAACGAGUCGCGAUUCAUCGUCCAGUCCCGACGUGACGACAUUGGAGGACGACCUGAGCGACGGUCAGGAGGACGACGUCGAUGGCAAAAGGGAACAGGACAGCGGCAAGACUGGAGGUGGCGGACGGCGGAGGAGGACAGCCUUCACCAGCGAGCAGCUGCUGGAGCUCGAAAAGGAAUUCCACGCCAAGAAAUAUCUCUCUCUCACCGAAAGAUCUCAGAUAGCACACGCCCUCAAACUCUCGGAGACGCAGGUCAAAAUCUGGUUCCAGAAUCGGAGGGCCAAGUGGAAGCGGGUCAAGGCCGGCCUUGCAUCAGGACGAAUCGGCUCUGGAAACAGCGGCAGUAAUGGGCCCAAGAUUGUUGUUCCUAUACCAGUGCACGUCAACCGGAUGGCCAUCCGGAGUCAGCAUCAGCAAAUUGAGAAGACAUUCAACAGGUGAAACGCUGAAGGGACCGCUUCCACCCCAAACUAACUGUGAUCAAUGUGAACUAUUCUCCAUGAGUUACAAGUGUCAUGUAAGGACAGGACUCAACUGAGAGAUAAGACACAGUUAAGAGAUAUUCAGUAAAUUACCGCCCAUUAGCCAGGGCUAAAGCAGA